CACUACAAUGCUCACACAAAAAAAUAAAAAUAAAAAAAAUCAACAUGAUCAACAAUAACGAUGAUGACGAAGAGUUUCCGAGAGGAUAUCUGAUUCUCCAACCGGAAGAGCUCCGGCCAUUGGAACUUCUCCGUCUGUUAUUCUCCGGUGAUAUCGAGAAGCCAAGAUUAGUAGAUAGUUCAGAGACCAAAGAACCAAGUUUCCGACGUCGAUGGCUUAUCUUCGUCUCUCUCGUCCUUCUCAAGCUUCUCCGAUUCUUUUCGGAGAUAUUGGCUCUCCUUGGCUCCGCCUUAGAAUUCUCUUUAAACUUCCUCUCCGAUAACUCUUUCUCCGGUUUCUUCCUCCGAGGACAAGUGGUGUUGCCGAAGCCGACGUCGGAGAAUUAUCAAUCUUUUAUCGGACAUUUGGACAGGAGAAUAAGUUUAGACAAGACUAUGAAUCGCCAAGAUGGAGACAGAUACUAUGCUGUAUUGUCCAUUAUGGCUUCAAAGAUUGCCUACGAAAAUUCUGCCCGUAUCGAAUAUGUCAUCGAGAAUCAUUGGAAUAUGAGUUAUUUAGGCCUCGUUGACUAUUGGAACGAGUACCAACAAAAGGAAACAACACAAGCCCUUAUAAUGUCUACAGAUAAAACAGCGACACCAUCCAACGGUCAAGAAACGACGGCGGUGGUUGCAUUCAGAGGCACCGAACCGUUUAAUUCCGAAGAUUGGUGUUCAGAUUUCGACAUAACAUGGUAUGAGCUCCCAAACAUUGGGAGGAUCCAUGGUGGUUUCAUGAAAGCUCUAGGGCUUCAAAACAAUUGCAGUUGGCCAAAGGAACCUCUCCCAAACCCUAAUCGAUUGUCCCCUUUAGCUUAUUACUCGAUCAGAGACUCUUUGAAAACCCUGAUGGCUCAAAACGAAAACACUAAGUUCGUUCUGACCGGUCAUAGCUUAGGAGGAGCCCUCGCGAUCUUGUUCACUGCUGUGCUUGUGAUUCACGAUGAGACAGAGUUGUUGGGGAGGAUCCAAGGGGUAUAUACUUUUGGACAACCUAGAGUUGGAGAUUCCAAGUUUGGUGUAUUUAUGGAGAAGAAAUUAGAACAAUAUGACGUGAAGUACUAUAGAUUUGUUUAUAACAACGACAUAGUUCCAAGAUUGCCGUACGAUGAUAAGGAUUUGAUGUUCAAACACUUUGGCACUUGCAUCUACUACGACCGGCACUAUCAAGCAAAGGUUCUGAGAGAGCUAUCGGACGAAAACUUUUUCUCGUUGCGGUGGAUUGUAAAGAUGAUGCACAGUGCUAUACUGGAGCUCAUAAGAAGCUUCACUAUUGUGACUGAGAAGGGAUCGGAGUUUAGAGAAGGAUGGUUGUUGAAGGGUGGGAGGGUGUUGGGGAUUAUGGUCCCUGGCAUUUCAAACCAUACACCUCAAGAUUAUGUGAAUGCCACUCUAUUAACCCCUCCUUGUGUUUUCCAAAUUCAUAGAGAUGUUUCUAUUACAUAA